AUGGAGUCCGUAGUGGCUCAACGCAUCAGUCCGUCAGUGGCUAAACAAUGGAGUCCGUGGUGGCUCAACGCAUCAGUCCGUCAGUGGCUAAACCAUGGAGUCUGUGGUGGCUCAAAAAAAAAAGAAAUCGAUACGAGAAUGAUUCAUUGUGAAGCAGCGAUGAGAGACUUUCAACCCUAA